AAAAGAAUUUCAUAUCUCAGAUUUUUCUUCACCGGCGGCGACACUCCAUGGCGGUGAUUGUUGGAAAUUCAGCGGUGUUACUAGACGUGGUUUUACCAUGGACGGUGAUUCUAGACCGGAAAGCUCGACCGGUACCAAUCGACGUCGUUUUGAAUCUUCAAAAGAGAGAUCAACAUCUUCAUUAUCACACACCAUACUCUGCUAAGAGCUUCGAAUCGGACGGAGCAGGAGAAGGAAGGAGCCAGCGAGUAGUAGCAGUUAGAGGAAAAGCAAAUUCAAAGAAGAACGGUGUGGAUUUCGACAGCGAUGAAGAGAACGGAGAAGAGGAACCGUACGAUUGGGAGAAGGAAAUGAGAACGCGAGUGAAGGAGAUCGAAGAGAUGAAAGAGUUGGAGAAGAAGGCCGAGGAAUUACAAAAUAAAGCCGACGAGGAAACUGAGAGGGAUGAGGAUAAAGAAGAAUCUGAAGAAGAGAAAAAAACCAGAGUUCGAAAAGAGCUUGAGAAGGUAGCUAGAGAACAAGCUGAGAGACGAGAAACAGCGCAACUAAUGUUUGAAUUAGGGCAAAAAGCGUAUGGAAGAGGAACGUACGCAAGAGCAAUUGAAUUUCUUGAAGCUGCUCUUACUAUUAUUCCUAGGUCUACAUUGUUUGGUGGUGAGAUUCAAAUAUGGUUGGCUAUGGCGUAUGAGGCGAAUAAGCGUCAUAAAGAUUGUAUUGCUCUUUACCGGCAGUUGGAAAGGAAUCAUCCUAGUAUAAGUAUUCGACGCCAAGCUGCUGAUCUUCGUUAUAUUUUGCAAGCUCCGAAGCUUAAGAUUUCCCAAGAAGAGAUGGUUACCAUUCCUUUGAUUGGUUCUCCUUAUGACAGCUAUGCAACAACAUGGACAGACAAAUCUAAAGACAAGGAUCAAACAUUUAGCGGAUCAACCACCAAUCAAAUUUCAUCAUCGAGAGAUUAUUUAGCCGACUUUCUGGUCUGGCGACCUCCUGCUGGGCUGGAGAAAAACACAGCUUUUUGGGUAGCUUUAACUCUAUGGUUGGGGUUAGUAGGUGCUGCCCUUGUUCUCCAAAGUUAAAUUGUAUUAAAAACGUGUGUACCAUAUUGUUAUAGUUGGCUGUAAUUUGUUUAUAUUAUUGUUUAUAUAUUGUUCAUGUAUCACUGUGACAUUGUUCUAUGUAUAAAGCUGAAGAAAAUGUAUUUCAUUUGUUUAACAUUA